UUACCCAUGGCGAAGAUCAAGAUUGGCAUAAAUGGAUUCAGAAGGAUUGGCCGGUUGGUGGCCAGAGUUGCUCUGCAGAGAGAUGACAUCGAACUCGUUGCCAUUAACGAUCCUUUCUUGACUACUGAUCACAUGAGAUACAUGUUUAAGUACGACAGUGUUCAUGGGCAGUGGAAGCAUGGCGAGCUUAAGGUUAAGGAUGAAAGCACACUUCUCUUGGGUGAUAAGCCCGUUAAAGUUUUUGAUUCUAGUUCUUUACUUACCUUACCUGAUGAAAUCCCAUGGGGCGAUUCUGGUGCUGAAUUUGUCGUUGAGUCCUCCGGAGUUUACACAGAUCGGGAGAGAGCAUCUCACCACCUGAGGUUUGAUGAUUUAACUUGCUUGGAAGAAUCUGAGGGUAACCUAAAGGGAAUCCUCGGAUAUAUGGACGAUGAUUUAGUGUCCACUGACUUUGUGGAUAACCACAGGUCAAGCAUUUUCGAUGCCAAGGCUGGAAUUGCUUUGAAUGACAACUUUGUGAAGCUUGUCGCGUGGUAUGACAAUGAAUGGGGUUACAGCUCACGAGUCAUCGACUUGAUCUGUCACAUGGCCACAGUUACAUGAGCAAUGUCAAUUCCUUAAUCACAACUGCAGCUAGGUUUCGACUAUGGUUAAAACUGAUUCUUUGUAAUUUAUAGUUCAGCUGACUCCAGAGCGUUAGAGAUUUUGUUUGGGAUACUAUAUCUAAAUUGAGAUGCCUACAGUAC